AUGUGCUUGCAGGAGCUCCUCGCGAAUUUCUACAUCGGCGCGCUCACUGCCAACCUCAUCUCCCUGGGCGACAAGCUGGGCUUGUACGCUGCGCUGAAGCACCACGGCCCCUGCACCGCCGCCGAGCUGGCCAAGCACCAGGGCCUGAAUGCGCGCUACAUUUCGGAGUGGCUGCGCCAGCAGGCCUCCGCACGCGUCAUCAGCACCGACGAGGCCGCUGAAAAGUACUGGCUCACCCAGGCGCAGCAGGAUUGCCUGGUUCAUGAGAGUGGCAGUGAUGCAUCUCCCUUUUAUUCUGCCGGCGGUUUCAUGGCUGUCCCUGGCCUGGCUAAGAUGGCGGAUGAGCGCCUGCCUACUUGCUUCAAAGACGGCUCAGGCAUCAGCUACAACGAGAUCGAUCCCAGCGUCACCUGUGGCACCUGUCGCGAGCUGGGAGUGUGGCUGCGCCACUCUCUGGUGCCCAGCCUGCGUGGCAUGCCAGGCAUGGAGGCAAAGCUGGAGAAGGGGUGCAAGGUGGCGGACGUAGGGUGUGGGUGCGGUGAGGCGCUGCUGACGGUGGCUGCCGCCUUCCCCUCCUCCACCUUCCACGGCUAUGACAUCAGCGAGGAUGCGCUGAGGAGCGCCAAGGCUGAGGCGGGUAGCCGCGGGCUGACCAAUCUGGUGAUGACCCACGACGCCAUUCACGACAUGGCUCACCCGCAGAAGGUCAUGGCGGCGGUGCGCAAGGCGGUUGCCACCGACGGCCAUGCCGCCAAUGUGCACUCCCACCCCCUGGCAGCCUACAUGUACGGCUUCAGCUGCCACCUGUGCCUGCCUUCGGGCAUGAGCGCACCUGGUGGUGCUGCCCUGGGCACGCUGGGCAUCCCCGCGGGCGAGAUGUGCCGCAUGAUGAAGGAGGCGGGCUUUGGGUCGGCAGAGGUGCUGGACUGGGACCACCCCUGGAACAGGCAAGCAUCGGCUUGCAGCAAUUGA